AUGACCGAAAAUGUUCGUCAGCGUAAACGAGUUGACGAAGCAAUUUAUCAAUCUACAGAAGAUGAUAGUAAGCGAGGUAUUGUGAUUGAUCCAGAUGAUCGUCGGCCCCGUCGACAACCGUCAAUACCAUUAUCACAAGUAGCGCUGACUGUUAUCGCGAUUGCAAUGUUAGCUCUGUUAGCUUACAUACAAUUCGCAUUGCCUCAUGAGGAUCACAUGACAAAACACUUUCCAGCUUCGUUGCCAACGAUGGAUGGUGCACCAUUACUUGUGAAUGACUUUCUUGCUCAUAGUGAACGAAUCUAUGUUGGUGAAGGACCAGAAUCGAUUGAACCAUUGAAUGGUAUGCUGUACACUGGUCUAAAGAAUGGCUCUAUCAUUGAACUUGACCCGGUAACAAGAAAAACUCGCGUUGUUUAUUCAUCUCUCAGUAUUGACGAUCAUUUGCUCACUUGUGGAAAAGACAAUUUAGAACAUGUAUGUGGUCGUCCUUUGGGUAUUCGUCGUCUGUCUGAUGACGAACUUAUCGUUGUGCAAGCUUACCACGGUCUAUUUAAAUUAAAUGUUAAAACAAAGAAACUAACUCGAUUGAUCAGCGCAGAUGAUCAACGCUUUGGUUCACGUCCAUUGAAAUUUGUGAAUGAUGUUGAUGUACUUGAGGGACGCUAUCUCUUCUUUACUGAUUCUGACUGGCUUUAUCCACGAAAAGAGUUUAUGUCUGUUCUAAUGCAUGCAAGUCCUCGUGGAAGAUUGAUUCGUUUUGAUCUUGAAACGGGUAAAGUACGUAUUCUUGAUGAUCAACUUGCCUUUCCAAAUGGUGUUCAACUAUCUGUCGAUAAGCAAUCAGUAUUAGUGUGUGAAACGACAUUAGCUCGGGUUAUUCGGCAUUGGAUUAACGGUGAUAGUUCCAAGAUAGGAAAAAGCGAAGUUUUCAUUGAUAACUUACCUGGUCUUCCAGACAACAUUCGGUUAACCAGCAGUGGAAACUAUUGGAUUGCCUUUGCAGGUAUUCGCCAUCAAGAUCAGCCAAGUAUAUUAGAUCGUUUACGCAAUUGGCCAAGAUUACGCACGUUACUUUCGCUUGUACCUGGAGCGUUGAAAAAAAUACAAAGAAGAUUACCACAACAUGGGCUUAUUAUUGAAGUUGAUAAAGACAAUAGACAUAUCGUUCGUUCAUUACAAGACGCAGAAGGUCUGGUUGUUCCUUCCACAUCCCAAGUCACUGAGUAUAAUGACCAUCUUUAUUUUGGAUCGUAUUAUUUGGAAUAUAUCGCCGUUUUCAAGCUUUAA